CAAUAACUAAUUCACUGUUUAUCUAUUUUAUCUUGGCGCGAGUUUAUCAUUUCUGUUAAUUAUGAUUAUUUCGUUACUAACAAUAACCAAAUACUGUAAAUCGAAUAAAUUCGUUCGCCUUCUUUCUUGAAACAUGAUCAUCACUCGAUCAGGAUAGCGUUUAAAAAGGAACCAAAAAUAAUAAUUAGAGCCUGAAAAUGGCGAAUCUGUUCACUGCUACGGCUCCUUUCCUCUCACUCUCGAAGCCAUUCACCAAAACGGCAUCGUACCACCAGUGUUACGCCUCUUCUUCCAAUCCGCCGGAGCCUGAGUCUUCUUCUCCUCCUCCUCCUCCGCCUCCGCCUCAACCGCUGGCAUCGCAACAGAAGAGGAAGAAGAACGUUGAGACGACGGAUUGGGUCGCUUCUUCCUUGACCCGGCGGUUUGGAAUCGGCGCGGGUCUUGCCUGGGCGGGCUUUCUGGCUUUCGGUGUAAUCUCCGAGCAGAUCAAGACUCGGAUUGAGGUUUCUCAGGAAGUAGCUAACACCAGAGAUGUAGAAGAAGAGAAAGAGAUUGUGUUGCCCAACGGCAUAAGGUACUAUGAUCAACGGGUUGGAGGAGGAGCAACACCAAGAGCAGGAGACUUGGUAGUGAUUGAUCUAAAGGGGCAAGUGCAAGGAACCGGACAAGUAUUCGUGGAUACAUUUGGAACCAAAGACAAGAAGAAGAUGAAGCCAUUGGCACUUGUGGUGGGUUCAAAACCAUAUAGCAAAGGAUUAUGUGAAGGCAUAGAUUAUGUACUAAGGUCCAUGAAGGCUGGAGGUAAACGCAGAGUGAUUGUUCCACCAUCGUUAGGAUUUGGUGUAGACGGUGCUGAAUUGGAAUCGGGUUUGCAGAUUCCUCCUAAUGCUUCGUUGGAAUAUAUAGUUGAGAUUGAUAGAGUCUCAAUUGCACCAGCUUGAGUUGUUGUACGUACAGCUUUGGUUUCAUUCCCAAAUCCUUCAAAUAUUUGGUUGUAUAAGUAUGAGUGGAAAACAAAGUGUAAAUUUUUGUUUCUUUUGGGGUCGAUGUGAUUGAACCGAGAUAAACCGGAUCAAAAUCUUCGGUUUGAUUUAUUUAUUUAUUUAAAUAGAUAUAAAAUUACGUAAAUGUAUUUCUGUGGUUAUACGUACUGUAUUUACUAUUUACG